AUGGUCCCCGAAGUUUUCAGCGUGGUUGGCCUCGCGUCCAAUAUUCUUCAAUUUGUCGACUUCACUAGCCAGCUAAUCGGUGAUGGCAACAAGAUCUACCACAGCGAGGAGGGAAGCUCCACGGAAACCAUCCAGAUUCAGCAGAUCACAAGGGACCUUCGCAAGGUCGCAGACAAUUUGCUUACUCGCCACAAGUACCCAACAGAUACCGAUAGCCAGGUCACAGAGCUUGCGCGUUUGUGCCACGCUGUUGCUGAGCAGCUCCUCGAGGUCCUCCAGACUCUGAAAAUAAAGAAUGAUACCCGUCGGAGAUGGCGGAGCUUCUACCAGGCACUAAACACGGUAUGGAAAAAGGAGAAGAUCGAGGCGCUUCAAGCGACUCUAAAUAACUUUCGAGCUCAGCUCACUCUUCGCAUCAUCAAUAUGGUAGCGGACAAGCAAUCCAGUGUCGCCAUGGGUCUUCAUGCGCUGGUCAAAUCAAGCGAGAGCAUGAACCUAGACAUUACCGAGAAGCUGGAAGAAAUGCAUGAUACUAUUAAACGCAUCCAAAUCCUUGCCGAGGCUAAACGCGAUGGACAUAACUGCCCGGACAGCACGUCUGGUCUUUCUGCAAGUUUGAACAAUAUGAUUGACCUUGGUCGGUGGGUAUCAGGAGAACAACAAAUUCUGAGAUCGCUCCAGCAUGAGUCAAUGUACAUGAGAGAAUCAAGAAUCGACCAAGCUCAUACCAAUACGUUUGAUUGGAUUUUUAAGUCGGACGACUCUGCGCCCAAUGAUCCUCAAGAGAGCCCCGACUUUAUUAAAUGGUUGCGAAACGAUACCGGUAUAUACUGGAUCUCCGGGAAACCAGGCUCGGGAAAAUCUACGCUCAUGAAAUUCCUGUGCGCUCAUCAGAAAACUGAAACCACCUUACGUCUAUGGGCCGUUGACGAAGGCGCCUCACUUGCCACGGCAAAUUUCUUCUUCUGGUACGCAGGGUCGACGAUGCAGAAGUCUCAGCAAGGUCUACUCCAGUCUCUCUUGUAUGAGAUACUUGGGAAAUGCCCAUCACUAAUCCAGACGGUCGCCGAGGAACAAUGGAACAGAAUCUACCAUGACGGGACCCCUGUCUUACCGUGGACCCGAGCGCAGCUCUUCGAUGCACUCAGGAAAUUGGUUCACACCAGUGCAUUACCUAUCCGCUUUUGCUUCUUUGUGGAUGGGCUUGACGAAUAUGAUGGGGAUCACAGUGAGAUUAUCAACAUGCUCAACAUGCUCGCAGCCUCCGACAAUAUUAAAUUAUGCAUUUCAAGCCGCUCUUGGAACGUUUUCCAGGACGCUUACGGAAAGGACCCUCAGAAAAUGCUUCGCCUCCAAGAUUUGACAAGGAAUGACAUAAGGUCGUACAUAAAGGGUAAGCUCGAAGAGGACAACCUACUUGCGAACCUUCAGCAAACGGACGCGCGGUAUCGCGAUCUCAUAGAAGAUAUUGGAGACAAAGCUGAUGGAGUAUUUCUCUGGGUCGUUCUGGUCGUUCGAUCCUUGCGACAAGGCAUAACCAAUGCGGACACCGUUCCUAUCUUGCAGAAGAGGCUUAGGGAGCUGCCAGCGGACUUGGAGAGCUUCUUCAAGCAUAUCUUGGACAGGGUUGAGAAAGUGUACUGGGAAGGAACGACACAGGCAUUCCAAAUGGCUCUCGCGGCAAUUGGCCAACUCCCCUUGUGGCUGUUCUCAGUCCUGGACGAGGAGGAUCCCGACUAUGCAAUACAGGCUCAACCUCGAGUACUUUCGCAGUCAGAAGUCGACACCCAUUGCGAGAUACUGGAGAAACGCUUAAGCGCUCGGUGCCAAGGUCUACUUGAAGUCAGGAAAGCUCCAAUGACUGAGGGUGAUAUAUUCUCCACGCACAAGGUCGACUACAUGCACAGGACAGUGCGUGACUUCCUUCAGCUUCGCGAUAUGCAAGACUGGCUCGGCCAGCGACUGGAGACACCAUUUUGCCCGCACACGGCUCUGUGCACAGCUCUCCUUGCCCAAGCCAAGUCUUUGAGCUUUGUCAAUAAUGAGCUGUUUUUUCACAUACUGGACGACGUCACGUACUACGCAGUCGAAGCCGAGAGGCGUAACCAGCGAGCGCAAACGGCCCUCCUCGACGAGAUCUCUCAAUUGAUUUUCAAGGGCCGACUGCUUCCAUCACCACAUCCAUAUAUGUUCCAAAAGCCACUCCUCUUAUACUUUGGAGAGAAGUUACGAAAGGAUCCAGAUAUCGUCCAUGCCAACAACCCGUACCCGCCACUCUUAAUCGCCUCAGUGCCAUCGAUGGUGCAUUCCAAACACAGGGUACACGCCAGGAUACACGCCAGCGUUGAAACUGUCGAGCUGCUUCUCCGUUUCGGUGCAGAUCCCAAUCAGAGCAACCAAACCGGUACGACAUGGACCAACUUCCUCAACCAUAUCUGGAGCCAUCCGAACAGCACAGAGGAAGAUCGGCAACGCUGAAACAUGGAGGAAUAA